GGUGAAAAUAAUCACUACCCCCCCCAAUUUGCUUUGAGUUGCAGGUCACAAAACCCACUUGCAUCACACCGACAGUGAUUGCUGCAACAACCAUAAAACCAGGGUCACCUUCCUUAUAUAAAUAGUAAAUUACUUACAGCAGACUACUGGAUUUGUGUUGUGUUUUCGACAAAUGGAUUUGUGUUGACUUUUCCACAAAAGCAAACAGCAGAAGUUGGUCAAUGACUUCUCUGAGUCCAUGGCUUAAAUGAAAAAUUCUUAACUGCAAAUUAAGGGAUCCUCUAAGCCGAAGAAGGAUCUUAGACCCUUGCAAGAAACAUGUAUGGUCUAGAACCCAUUGAGGAAUGCGAGGAGCCUGAGGAAGACUCGUUCUUGAUGGUGCGCCGGCCCAGCAGAAGGUCCCACUCCCUAGUGAAACACAGCACCCCCGCCCAGCCUGAGGAGUCCCGCUUCACUGUCGGCAGUGACCUGGCGGGGACCGAGACCGCCAGCAGUGACUUCUCCCAGGCCACCAGGUCUAGGAGGACCUCUCCAGGCCGUGUCCAUCCCACACCACUGCCCUCUGUAGAGGAAGGGGGGGACUCCGGAAGGAGCCAUUCCGUAUCCUCGUCACACCUUCAGGUGGACGUGUCACGAGCGGCAGAGGAUGCCCCGGAGGCUGAGGAAGCAGAGGAUGCCGGGACGUUCCCAAGGCAACCAUCUGAGGAAACCCCCACCCAGACCGUCAGCCCCUCUUUGAUAUAUGACGCCUUGGAGGACACCGCAGAUACCCCGAUGGAUGUCUCUGGAAAGCACAGAAAGGCCCAACCUAUACGGAGAAAGAGAAUGAGAUCUGUGGAUCAUCAACUUCCUCCAAAAAAGAAGAAAAGGGCUGAGAGAAGUGGGCUUGAAGUACCAGAAUGGCUGAUUACUUUGAUGAAGGACAUCGAAGACGCAACGAAACAUGAACUGGUCAUCGAGUAGCUCUGUAGGCUGUAAAAUAAGUCUCUCUUUAGGCUACGAGAUGUUUUGCUAGUUUUAAGUUUGAGGUUUGUCAAAAAGCAGAACCCCAGCCGUGUUGGGUCAGAUCUACCCCCUUCUGGGGGCCUCGUGUUUUUGACACAACCUGACCUUGGGAAUAAAAAACUGUUUUGUCUCGUCUUGCUUAACUUUCAUACAUUCAGAACAUGGUGGUACGAUGCUCUUUUGUGUUAAUCAUUCACUACUGUGUUAGAAAAAUAGGAAUGUCUGCAUAAAAAUACUGGCUGGACUUUG